AGAAUGGUGGAGUUGAAGAGGAAAUUGUUGUUCCAUUUCCAGCUUCUUUCUUUUUCUUCUUUUUCUUCUUCGACGUCUUCUUUUUCUUCUUCUUCAUUGCAUUUGAAUUUAGAGGAGAGCUCAAAGACAAAGACGCAGAGAGAGAGAGAGAGAGAGAGAUUGUAGGAGUAGGAGGAUACAGAAUCGAUGAAAACUUCGCUGAGAAAGUUACGAGGUCUCGGACUAAACAAGUCAGAGGCCAAGGAGCGGAGAGAUAUUCUGCCUUUGGCGCAAUUGGACGAGCUCGCUCAGGCUGCGCAGGGCAUGCAAGAAAUGAGAGACUGCUAUGACAGCUUACUUUCUGCGGCUGCAGCGACCACAAACAGUGCUUAUGAGUUCUCAGAGUCAUUGGGGGAAAUAGGUGCUUGUCUUCUUGAGAAAACAGCAUUGAAUGACGAUGAAGACAGUGGCAGAGUUCUGAUAAUGCUAGGAAAAGUACAGUUUGAACUGCAGAAACUUAUUGAUAGCUAUCGCUCUCAUAUAUCCCAGACAAUCAUAAACCCAUCAGAAAGUCUUCUUAAUGAACUUCAAACAGUUGAGGAGAUGAAGCGACAAUGUGAUGAAAAAAGAGAUGUAUAUGAGCAUAUGAUGACAAGACAAAGAGAAAAAGGGCGAUCAAGAAGUGGAAAAGGAAACAGUUUUUCUAUGCAGCAGGUACAAACUGCUCGUGAUGAAUACGAUGAGGAAGCAACCUUAUUUGUUUUCCGGUUGAAAUCUCUGAAGCAGGGACAAUCCCGAAGUCUUCUUACACAGGCAGCUCGUCACCAUGCUGCUCAGUUGUGCUUCUUCAAGAAGGCAGUCAAGACUCUUGAGGCAGUAGAACCACAUGUGAAAUUGGUAACUGAACAGCAGCAUAUUGAUUACCAGUUCAGUGGACUUAAUGAUGGGGAUGAAGGCGAUGAUGAUGAUGAUGAUGACAACAGUGAAGAAGACGAUUAUGACGAUGACUAUGAUGAGGAUGAUGAUGGGGAAUUGAGUUUUGACUAUGGACAAAAUGAUACUGAGCACAGCAUUUCUACAUCCCAAAAAUUAAUGGAGCUGGAUCAGGUGGACAUUACAUUUCCCCAGGUUACAACUGUGGAAGUUGUCAAGGAAAAUCUGGACAGGCUUCGCCAGAGUUCUGUUUCCUAUAGAGCUAGGCCCGGCAGCCAAUCAGCCCCACUUUUCGCUGAGAAUAAAUUUGAUUCUGCUGAAAAAACAAGACAGAUGCUGUUAUCAUCAACGCGGAAGUUGCACACGUAUGUACUACCCACUCCAGUUGAUACGAAGAGUUCAAUUUCUACAGGAUCAUGUAAUCCAAUUCCUCAUAAAACACAGACUACUCUAAACAAGCAUACUCAGAAUUUGUGGCACUCAUCUCCACUGGAACAAAAGAAGUUAGAAAGAGUUUUGGUAGAUGAGAAAUCCUCUGGACCCACUGUUAUAAGUGCUCAGUCUGUACUCAAGGAGAGCAACAAUAAUGCAUCCACUUGGCUGCCCCCUCCUUCGGCUGAUAGGGUUUUACUUUUGCAGCGCUAUAGGCUUGCUGCUUCUGAUCCUAAAAAACUCAAAAGACAUGCUUUUUCUGGUCCAUUGAUAAGUCAGCCAUGGUCUACCAAGUCUGUCUCAGUGGAAAUCCCCCAUUUGUGUUCUGGACCUCUUCUUCGAAAUCCAAUGUCUCAGGUUCCAUCAACAUCUCCAACUGCUUCCCCUACUUAUAUUUCCUCACCUAAAAUAAGUGAGCUUCAUGAGCUUCCUAGGCCCCCUGCAAGUUCAACCUCCAAGUCUUCAAGACCUAUGGAUUUCACUGGUCAUUCAGCUCCCUUGGGGUCCAGGGAUCAAGAGCUUUCUGCUAAAAGGAAAUCGGUUGUGUCAAAUGCAGCAUCUCCACUGCCAACGCCUCCUCAAACCAUUGCACGUAGUUUCUCUAUACCCUCAAGUAGUCCUAGUGUGAUGACUUCACAUGCAUCCAAGCCUCUGGAAGCUCUUCGUGGCACAGAGAAGGUUGAAGAUGUUGCUUCGCCUCCUUUGACACCGAUAACCCUUUCCAGCAACCAGCAGCCAUCACCUGGUUCUGAGACAGUCACUCAUGCCGUUCAUAUUAGAGGUGCGGAUUGAGUCUAUUCACAUAUUCAGUGAUAAUUUUGUUUCGAUUUGGCAACCCUAAGUUGUGGGAGCGAGAUUGUUUCUCACCAAUUGGUAUGGCGGUAGAUCUGUAAAUAUGUUCAUUAUAAUUUUUGUUUAUUUCUGUUAUCUGUUGCAUUCACCAAUUGUUUAGUUUGAUGGGCACUUGGCAUAGAUUCAUUGAAUAAAAUUCCAAUGUGUUUCAUCAUUUUUGAGGAAUGUGUUAUCUAGUGCAAGCAAAUAAUA